AUGUUCAAGUUUCUCCAGCCCAAGGUGCUUGACGCCAUCACGCUUUUCCACAAGGCGAGCAAUCCGGCUUCCAUCAGGAUUGCCACUCUUCUCAAGCAAGCUGCAGGCUCCGGUGCUGCUGUUUCCGACAACGCGCCUGCCAAGAAGUCCGACUUUGAGCUCAACAUCACCGAGGAGGCCCCUACCACUGAACAGCUCACAACCAUCUUGGACUAUGUCGGCAAGGCGGGCAUUCCAUCCAUCAUCAGCAAUGCCCAGAAUCAGGAAGAAGCCCUGAAGAAGUUCAAGCAGAACGCCGAUAGCCUCAAUAGGCCCAUUGUGGUUGACUGGAACAACGGCAAGGUCUUCACAAGCGACAACGAGUCCGCCAUCCUCAAGAUGUUGGAGGCUCUCCCCAAGAAGAACUAA